ACGUAGUAACCGUAAUCUAACAUCGUCGACCGUCUGUCUGAUCGGCGAUUGAUAGUACAGUUGCGGAUAUUAAUAGUGUGUCUUUUGAAAUCUGAAAUCUGGAGAAAUUUCCGUUGUUUACAUCAUGUUAUAAUUCGCAUCGCCUCACGUCGUGAAAAGUAAUUUCUUAAUUUCCAAAGGCAAGGCAGUGAAGAAUGUCAAGGCUAGUGUCGUUUCGAAGUGCAUAUUUGUGAACAGUGACUAGAACUAGAAGUGGUGACAUUCGGGAGGGUGGUGAUUUGUUGGGAUUUUUUCUUUAAUUUUUAUUAGUAGACUGUUUAGUCUAAAGUUCAAUGGUCAGGAUGAUUCAUGCGUGACGUGAAUUCAUUCCUAGCCGUGUCAGUAUCGAGUUGUAGGCUUGCGGCGCAUGCGUACAAGUUGUUUACAACCACGGCCGACAUGUACACAGUUACACAUGACCUUUUCCACGAUGUGUAGUGAUUCUAAUUUUUCGAGAUUUUAUGUUUCUGCUUGUUUAUACAUAGCUCUGACUAAUCAAAGAACUCUGAAUUGCAGUGGCUUGGAAAAGAUUAGUCGAAUGUGUAGACUAUUUUGAUGUUAGUGUUAUUUUUAGGAAUCUAAUAAUUGCGCAUUUAACAAUACUUUCCGACCACAUUUUGAUCAGUUGUUAGACCAAAUCAGUGUUUUAUCUGUGUUUGCUUGGACAAUAUUAUUAGGACUGGACAGUUCAGCUAUGAAUGUAUUUCGUUGGUAUGGAUUUUUGUGGACCAAUAUUUACAGGAAUAACUUAUUCAUUCACCGAGCUGGAGUAUUUACGUGUUAGGGAAAUUGCGCAUGAAAAACUGUUGUCCUUGUUGCCUAUAUCGCAGUCUGUAGGCUAGAUUCUAUUGCGUACUUAUGAUUAUAUUUUAAUUGCGUGUUCUUGUUCGAUGUGACAGUUUGUGUUUUCAAAGUAUUGAUUCAAAUAAUAGCAUAAUUGAGUGAAGGAGACACUAAUCUGACUAAUCAAACAUUUAGUGAUAGUGAUAGCUUCUUGUUUUGGAUGUGUCAGCACUACCACUACCAGUAUUGUCCUUGUGUCUUCAACAACCACACAAACAGUUUAAAACGUUUAAUGGAUCAUGUGCUAAACAAAAAACAUUAUUUUGUUUUUGGAUAUCUCUAAAUAAAUAAAAAUGUCUUCGGGAAGAAGCUGGCCAACCUUGGGAGGGUCCCUGAGUGGGGGAGAUUCAAGUAAAGAUUCCUCUAAGCCUUUACCUCCCGAUGUUGUGAAAACCGGUUACUUAAAAAAACUGAAGACUAUGAAGAAGAAGUUCUUUGUUUUGCGGAGUGACUCAAUAGAAGCCUCUGCAAGGCUGGAAUACUACGACUCGGAGAAAAAGUUUCGAGCAAAUCAACCUGCUAAACGGAGCAUCACUUUGAAGACGUGUUUCAACAUCAACAAGCGCAGUGAUCUGAGACAGAAACAUGUCGUGGCUCUGUACACCAAGAACGAUUGUUUCUGUAUUGUUCUGGAGAACGAGUCCGAGCUGAGCGACUGGCUGAAGGCACUGUUGUCUCUGCAGCAAGGAGAUGACAUCCCGGAUGGGGAACAACCUAAGCCAACCUUUGAACAUGUGUGGGAAGUGAAUGUGCAGAAGAAGGAUUUGGGACACACCAAGAAUAUUCUGGGCCCGUACCACCUGUGUUUGACCGACCGGAUUCUCACAUUGGUCAAGAAAGGCACCAAUCAGCAGCUUGAGUUCUCGUUGCAGAAAAUCCGAAGCUGUGGACACCUGGACUCUUUCUUCUACCUGGAGUUGGGUCAGGCCACAGUCACGGGCUCAGGCAACCUGUGGAUGCAGACAGAGGAUCCGAACAUAGCGCAGAACAUGCAUGAAUCCAUCUUGAGCGCUAUGACUAACUGCUCCAAGAAAAGUGAUUUAGUGCCCAAAUCAAGGAAUCGAUCUUCUUCCGCAAACGAGGCAUCAAAACCAAUCACAGUGAUUCAGCGUUGGCCGACGCAUGCAGUUGUGUUAAUCGGAAGUAUAAAGGGCUCCGCUAACACUCAACAUCGGACAGUCGAGUUGAGCGCGGCUCGAACUAACCAACGAAGACAUUCCGUAUCAGCUCUGGGACCUGGAGUGGGAACUCAUCAUCGCACAUAUUCGUUUCCCCUUUCCCCCCUCCCCCCCUCUCGACGCGCCAGCACUGGUACCAGACCCACCACCAAGAAACCCGCAACCUCACAUAGUCUAACAGGGGUCCGUGACCGUUGUGACAGUCUGCCCAGUAGGGCCCGCACAACCAGCGAGGGAGCUCAUCAUCUGCCCCAUCCCCCCGCCAGUGCUAGACACCUCGCCCCCGCUCACCGCCCCCAUUCCAUGUACAUCAGGAACAUCUCUUACUCUCCGCCUGUUGGCUCUAGUCCUGUCAGUCCGGCGUCUGGUGCGUGUUCGACGGACUCUGCAGGUUCAUCACUCUCCAUGGACGGGGACGGAGGAGAGGGAGGCUGGGGGAUGGAGGGGGAGAGUCGUUACGGACACUCUCUCACCCCUGAUGAGCCUGUCAUCUUGGAGGAGAACUCUGACGACUAUGCGCCAUGGCACGCUGGGGAAGAUGAGAAGUUGAACAACUAUGUAAUGGAGAGGUCGUUGUGUCUGCCGAUACAAAGCAAUAGUAGUCUGGCCAAUCUGCGUAAAUACUCUCCCAACCCCAAUACUGGGUUCAAGUCCAGCUCACCAUCCCAGGGUUCAUUCAUGGAUGUGUACAGCCCUUGUGGUUCUUCUCCCCUUGAGACCCCUGGGGCUUAUAUGCCCAUGAGUCCAGGAGACUCGCGGGUGGUGUAUAACCGAGCAGGAUCCACUAAUCACUCACGAGGCAGCAGCUUGGCCGAGGAAGGUUAUGUUCCAAUGGCUCCAGUCACACAGGAGGACGGCUACGUGGACAUGGAUCAUAAGCAUAACAAGAGAGGAGAUGUAUCCUCUGGAAGUAGUUGCUCCAUCACCUCCGGUACUCCCUCUACCGACAUCCGGUUCUCCGAGUACAACUUGGAGAGGGUAUCAACUCUGAUCAGUCGUGAUGACGACGUCACUCCCAAUGAAAGGCCGGCCCGUGCGUACAGUGUUGGGUCUCGGCCAGUGAACAUCAACAACAGCACUGCUAGCCGGAAUGACCCAGUAGCGUCAUGUGAGCCACUCCGUGUCCGAGCAUUCUCAGUUGGGUCUCGAGGACCAAAGGCGCGGCCGGUGCUGCAUCCUCAUCUUACGCCUCCCACUCGUCACUCAUCUCACUCCUCUGUGGAACCCUCCGACGAUCUUAUGGAACUGGACUUCAGCAAGAACAACAAGUCUCGCACUCGCAACAAAAACCCAUUCAAGAAACCCGCAACGUCAGUCAGUUCUGAGCAUUUGACAUUACCCUCAGGGUCUGGCGUGUCUUCGGCUGCUUCAUCUUACUCUACAGCGGAAGGGAGUUACAUGGAGAUGUCUCCACGGUCCUCACCCAAACCCUCUGACCUCGAUGUGGACGUGACUCACUUGGCACCGUCCCCUCCCAAGACAAACAGAUUUGGAAACAUCAUUGGAAGAUCACCUCCUAAAACCACUUAUGCAUUUGAUCGUAAAAUGGCUUUCUUGUCGUCUUCACCUCCAAUAAAUCACGCAUCACCUCCCCUGUAUCGCGUGCCGGAGGCGGAUUCUGGUUAUGUCGAGAUGACUUCAGGAUCCCGGGACGAGUUGAGAAGUGGAGACUCGGUGACAAAUAACUUGUCUUCUUCACCUAGAACUGCUCUGAGACCGAAGUCGCCUGUCAACAACGACGAGUACAUGGAAAUGAAGCCCGGUGGUGAAGCCAAACCUGUGUUACCAAAGUCUACUCAGCCUCGAGUGGAUACUUUCCCGACAACAGAGAAUCGUAAUCCUCAAUUUAAAACCAACCCGACUCCUUUGAUCAAACAGCCUCUAUUGACCUCUCAAAAUUUAAUAAGGCCCAGAGGUUCUUUACAGGAAGACUAUUUGGAUAUGAGUUUAAAAAGGAAAAUGUCUUUAAUCGAAGACAAUAAUAACAGCAAGGUCAUAGUCGGAAGAACAGCCCCAGUUGAUACUCCUAAAAAAGCUCCUGAAGGAUAUGUUGAAAUGUCCUGGUCCAGGAAUAAAUCUCAGAGAAAAGCUUCCAUCGAGAGUAGGAAAAGUGAAAAUGAAGAUUAUCUCAACAUGUCAGGUGAUGGUUCGAACAAAAGAGAAAGGAGAGGCAGCAGAAAAGACCGAAAUCGCUAUAGCUCACAGCCGAUAGCGAUACAGCCUAAUAGCAAAGAGGGCCAAACUAUGAGUCCAGUGUUUCCAUUCUGUAGUCGCAAACAUUCAGCAGGAACUCCACCCAAAGUACCUUGUUUCCUACCUCUUAAUAGCUACGGCAGUGCCUCCCCAUCAUCUAGUCCGUUUUCUUCCUUGGGAAGGAACAGAAACCGCAAGACAGCGAGAAGAGACAGCAAAGAGUCCAAUACCGGCAGCGGUAUGACCACCCCUUCAGGAUCCACCACAACAAUUUUUCCUCUGAAUCUGAACAGUCCCGGUUCGCCUAUGAAACCUUUCACAGCGAAACAAGAAUAUGAACUUUCAAUGUGUCCAGUGGACGCAUCAAGCGGAACUGUGAGACUUUCACAGCCUCAUGAAGAAACAAAAGAAGAGAACCCCUCUACAGUCGACAGUGACUAUGUGAAUUUUGUGCCUGGAACGAUUCCGGAGGUGUCAGACGAUUAUGCCGUCAUUUCACCGGCUGCAGUCGCAGAAGCGAGUCAAAACGAGAGCACAAAGAAACCUAUGGAGAGACUGGUUUCAGACAUGUCUAACUUUACAUUGAAGAUCAGUGAUGACAGUGUGAAUGAAGUGAGUGCAAGACUAAGUGAGUUGAACACUAGUGAAGUGUCCAGUGACAGCACAGCUCACAGCUCUGACCCGUCAGUAGUGUCCAGAACAUCCUCAGUCAGCAGUGUAGGUGAGAAGGAGAUCCAUUAUGCCUCACUAGACCUGGUUCGUUCCAGUUCGGAGGAUGACACUGGCCAAGCCAGAAGUCUCAAGUCCCAGACUUCGCUCACCGAGUCUUCCUCCACUUCCACCCCUAGUCCCAACGUGGCUGCCGACCCUUCCUUCACCUACGCGGAGAUAGACUUUGUAGCCAGCCAGAGACUUCUAAGACACUGAACUCGAGAUACUAUAGCCAAGUAACCGUGCCAGUAUCAAUGAGUUUAACUUAGCUAAUUUUGUUAUGAGGAAAUCAGAUUACCCAUCGUAAAACAAAACUGUUUUGUUUUUGAUCGGUAGUAUAUUAAAAUAUUCCCGUUAAUCCGGUGAGAAACUUUGAAAAUGUCCUGCGGGUUAAUAGGUUGACCUUGUAUUAUAUCUGACUCUGGUGCCAUUUUGUUAAGUUCCUCAGUUUUGCCGCGGAGUCUUCAGUCUUGUUCCUUGGUCGAGUCGAUGCUCACUUUUAUACACACGUCAUGAGUUGCGUUACGUUUUGAAGUAACUUGAUUUUAUAAACUAAAUGUAUCAUCACUGAGUGGAUUUUACACAUUAUUUAUACGGUAUAGUUAUUAUUUCCAUUGUAUUAUACCGGUAUUGUAGGUUAGUCCGGUUGUCAUAUAUGCACAUAUUGCCUUUAAACCUGCUGCUAUGAAGUAACAAACCUUGUAAAUCUCUCACAGUCUCGAUACUGUGUUUUGUGAUUCAUCUUUAAAAGAAUCCGUUGAGUUUUGAUGUUGAUGUAUAAUGUUAAGUUUUAAAACCCCAGAAAAUAGCUGGUUUUAUUUUUUAGUUGUAGUUCUAAGGUUUUAUAAGUUUGAUUAGACUUAUUCUAUAACAGAAUCAUUAUCUAUGUAUGAUGCAUUUUAAGGUGUAUUUAAUUAUUUUCAGUUUUUAUUGUUGAAGAUGAAAUAUAAAAAAAAAACACUUAUUCCAAUGUUUGAAAACAUCUAAAAGUUUAUGUAUUUUAUGAAGUCACUUAAGCUGCUUUAAAGCAGAAUAACUAUAUCCUUCAAGUAAAAAUUACAAAAAUUCACCUUUUUCCUUCACUUGGAGGUGCUAAUCUUGAUAUUUCUGAUGCACAAUUUUGCUUUUGUAUACCCUAUCAAUCUUUAUUUGUUAUGAUAAAACUUGUUACCUUUUACAAACACAAAACAUCUCGAAAAUAUGACAUUUAUUAAAGCUCAGGAAGUAUAAACUAAUCUGUUCUUGACUAAUUCAGUACAUUUGUGAACACAUUUUUAUCAUUUACAUUUAACCAAUCCAGAUUAAUUCAUCUCAAUUUUCCACAAAGGUAAUUUGUUAAAACUAGUUUUAUGUCAAGGAAAGCACAUCUGUUGAAACUUUGCCUCGUAUUACUUUUUUGUCCUAAAUCCUUGUGUUUUCCUUUAUCUUGUACAAAUUUAGUCGUAGAGGAAGAAAUCGGAGAUUACAUUGGCCCCGGUGUCCGUCAAGGUUUGUUACCUAAAUGUAUAUAACAUCUAUCACUAUUGUUGUUAUCCUGCUGUUGUAUAGACUAGGGACUCAUAGCUUUCAAAGCAUCGUCAUAUCCUAACUAUGUUGUUGAGGUGUUAAUCCACUUGUUCAGUUGCACGGCCUGAGAAGCCUAGCUACUCUUCUACUCGUGUUUUUAUACGGAGCCAAGCCGGUUUUGUAUUUUAAAGUAAUACGUGUAGCCGUAAUUUAGAAAUUUCCAAGUGGGAGGAUUUAUUUUGUAAACUGUAAAACUUUGUGAUGAUCAUCGGGCCUAAAACGAAUCAUAUACAUAGAUUUUGGUUAUUUUUAUAUGAAAGUGGUUCAAGAGGUGUCUUUGUACUUACCAGUAAUUGUUUUGAAAUUUGUCAGACACAAAUUUACAACAUUUCCGAUUUAUUAAAAUCUUGUUUGAAACAUGAAAAUAAAAUGUUUGAAAUGUGUAGGUAAUUUGGAUUAAAUAUAUGUAAACCAGUUAACCUUAUCACUGCCAUGUGUUGAAUGAUUUUUUUAAUUUUUAAAGCUCCUGAAAAGUUAAGGUUUUAUUUACAGUUUUGUAAUUAACAUUGUUUUUUAACUGAUUUCAAUUACAAUAAUUCUUUAUUUUCAUGUUUUCUUAUUUUUCCGGGAUUAUAGUAGUAACAGGCUAAUAACAUAGACAGCUCUUUGUUAUCAAACAACUCUGUCGAUGCUCAAAAUACUAUUUUCUGAAGACAAAAUGUUGUUGAAAAAGUUAAAUAGUACAAAAUACCUCUUUAACUGUGUGCUAAGUGUACUGUAAGUUAUUUAAAUUUAAAUAAGUACACUAUAUAUUCUUCAUAAACUAUUAGGUAUAGAAUUUUACUAUCAUUAAAGGAAAAAUUUGUAUUGGAGUUUUAGUUUUGCUAAUAGUAUAAUAGUUUUUUUUGUGUAAAAUCCAAAUGAUUCCAAGCGAAAUACAAAAAUAUUUCCAUCCUCUUAAUUUAGGCUUUAUGUAAUAAAAUAAAAAGUUGUUGCAUU